GUCCCCCAACCCAAAUCCUGAUUCAUAUUGCGUAUAUUUCAUUAUUUCAAGCCACUCGCUUCUCAAAACCAACGAUUUCAUCCAAAGUUUGCUUCUUCUUUUUGUCAAACUGCUUGAGCUCCAAAACGUUUCGGUUUCCUACCUUCUUAUAUGCUCUGUUUCUCUCUGUUUUUCUCAACUUGAAUAACCCAAUAAACCAUUUCCUUCUGUGUUUCUACUCGUAAGUGAAUGAUCGUUACGUUUUCCAGCGUUUAAUUUUCCUCUAUCUCUAACAAUGAGUGAGAAAGAAGCCAUAGAUUUUGAAGAAGGUUCAUCAAGUUCUGAUAGAACCAAAAAGGAAGAAGCUUUAUUAUGUUCUGCUAACCUUCACAUAGAAGAACUCCGGACCCAGAAAUUCUCUAUUGGUAAAAACCAAUCUUUUCCUUUAACUCAAGACCUUCAUUUUGCUGUAACCAACCUCUCAAAGCAGCUUUAUCAAAAAGACUCAAACUUUUUGAUGGAACUCAUCCUAAAUGCAGAUGAGAAUGAAUACAGAGAAGGUGUGGAGCCAACUUUGGAGUUUGUGAUGACCCAAAAAGACAUAACUGGGACUGGAGCACCAGCCACUCUGCUGGUUUUUAAUAAUGAGGUUGGAUUUUCCAGGGAGAACAUGGAUUCCAUUUGUGGUAUGGGCCAUUCUACAAAGAAGGACAAGAGACAGCAGAGUCUUAUUGGAGAGAGAGGAAGUGGAUUUAAAAGUGUAUUUCUUGUGAGUUCACAGCCUCACAUAAUUAGCAAUGGUUAUUGUGUCAGAUUCUUGGAAGAACCAGAUCAAGAUUGUGGUAUUGGUUAUAUAGUUCCCCAUUGGGUUAGUGGGGAGCCUUCUCUUUCUAGCAUAUUAGAUGUAUAUGGGUUAUGCAAUGUCUUGCCUACUACCACGAUUGUUCUUCCUCUGAAGCCUGUGAAGGUUGAAGCCGUGAGAGUUCAAUUGUCACAAUUGCGUCCAGAGAUUCUCUUGUUCUUGUCCAAGCUAAAGCAAGUACAUGUACGCGGGUGUGAUCCUGAAGCAACAGAUGAUUUCUCAAGGUUUUGUAAAACUAGUGGGACUGAACAAGUGGAGUUAUAUAAAGCCACGUCACGUGUUGUUCAACUUUCAGUUAAGCAAAGAAAGGGUGAUAGUGAGGAGUUGUGCAAGUAUUACUUGUGGGAGGAGGCAUUUCCCGUAAUACCUACUAAUAGAGUUGGUAUAAGGAUGAAUGUGCAGAAAUGGGUGAUUACCCUUGCUUUUCCAUCCAGAGAAAGGAUGGGAAAGGCAACUUCUUCUGUUGGUAUAUUUGCUUGCCUGCCCACGGAAAUGGUCACAAACUUCCCAUUUCUCAUUCAAGCAGACUUCAUUCUGAAUGCUUCACGAGAUUGUAUACUGUUAGACAACGUAUGGAACUUGGGAAUUCUUGAGUGUAUCCCAUCAUUGUUUGUGGAUGCUUUUCAGUCUCACUCCCUCCAUUCUGCAGUGGAUGAGCCAUUUGAAUAUUUACCUGCUCAAGCUUCACCAAUUCCUGAGUUUAACAAGGUAAGAGAGUCCAUUAGAACUAGAUUGCAAAGUUUAGUGAUAGUGCCUUGCCAAAUACUUGAGGGUACACUUUCCUUCGUGCUGCCUCAUGAUGCAGUUCGAGUCCUGCCAAAAUUUAGGGACCUUGUGAUUGGAAUUAGAGCAAAGGGUAAUGUUUUGAGUGGUUCAUCUUCAUCUUUAUUGAGGAGAGUCUUGCAUCCGACUCUGGACCUUGAAAAGUACAAUGCAGUUCUGAAGUUUCUAGAUGUGAAAUGUGCUGAUGAUCAUUGGUAUACAAAAUGCGUCCAAGGUCUCUGCAACCCCACUGAGGAUGAAAUGGUUAUAGCAGAUAGCAUUAUUUCGUUGCUAGAGUGUAUCAAGUUUCUGAUGUCAAGCUCUCUUGAUGAUCCCUUGGUGCGUGACUUCAUCAAGAGCAUUGGAAAAAGCAGGUUUUUGAAGACCUUGAAUGGUUAUAAAACACCAGAAGAAUGUGUUCUGUUUGAUCCUGCCUGGGAAAGUAUUCUGAAUCGGACAGAUACACCGACCAUUGAUGUAAAUUUUUACGGAACUGAAAUUUUUCAGUACAAGAAUCAGUUGAGAGAUAUUGGCGUGAAGGUAGAUCCUUUGAGUGUUUGUUCUCUUCUUUCUGGAAUUCUGACCAAGCUGGCAAACCAGCCCCAUUCUUGUUAUACACCAGACACUACCUUUAUAAUGAGGAUUUACAGCUUCCUCAACAAGUUCCACUGGCGUCCAGAAGCACCAGAUGAAAGCCAAUUUCAGGUGUGGAUACCUGACCCUCCUCCAGGUGGAUGGAUUAUGCCUCAGCAAUGUGUACUUCAUGUCAAUCAUGUUAGGAAGUAUCUGUUUAGCUCAUUCUUUUGUCUUGACGAACUUUACGCUGAAGAUCUCCUCCCCUUGUUUUCUUCAGCCUUUGGGGUUGCAGAAAAUCCUUCCAUCCAUCAUUACUUAAAGCUAUGGGAAACAUGGGCAUCAUCGGAGAACUUGCAAGUGACUCUGGUAGAGUGCUGCUCCUUCUGGGAGUAUGUUAUAGACAACUGGAAUCCAAAAGUUGAAGAGACACUAAGACAGAAGUUGACAAAAUUACCUGCCACAAAGUCAACAGCUGAAGAAAUAUAUCUGAUCAACAGAACAGAAGUGUUCCUAGCUGAUGACUUGCAACUGAAGAAAACUUUCCUGAGCUAUGACGAGGCCCCAUUAUUCGUGUGGUUUCCCACAAGCAACUGCUUGUCAUCUGUUCCUCCUAGAAGACUUUAUGACAUUUACGAGUCCCUUAGAGUGAGGAAGGUGUCCGAGUCAUUUGUGUGCAAACCGCAUACCAUCCUAUUAUUGGAGGACCUGGAUAAGAUUGAUGCACAAGAUGGAUUGAUUGGCAGGGGUUUAAUCAAACUUAUUUUGGGUUUUCUUGCUGGUCCGGAGGUUAAUAUGCCAUUGAAAGAGAGACACAAUGCUGCAUGCUCAGUCAUUAAACUAUCAGUGUAUAAACUUGAGAGACCAAAUCAAGUCAUUUAUCGACUGAUGCCAUCUGCGAGUACAACAGUGGAUGUAAAAAAAGUGAAGCUAGUUACCUGGAAGAAGAUUUCUCAUCGUUUGCUCAUUGAUAACUCAGGCUACAGAAAUGGAAAAUCUGAUCCAGAAUUUGUUACAGCUUUCGCUGACGAACUCGCUCAAGGACUAUUAGUGCAGGCAAGACAUUAUGCAGCAGCACUGAGCAAACUUAUCCAAUGGGGAUUUAUGUUCGAUUUUAAUGAGAAGGAAGUGGAUUUUUGGCUGAUGAGAGAAAAUUUAGAGUUGCCUAUGGAAGAUAAGGAGUUUCUUAGUGCUGCAUUCCUCUCAUCAACAGAACUUGUUUGUGGAAAGCGGUCAUCUAUGGAGACAGAUGAAUCAGGCCCUUCCACAGCAAUGCCUUCAUGCAAGAAGCUGUGUCAGUAAUAGAAGGGGAUUUGAAACCUGGCUCCUUUUUUUUGUUCAUGGCUUGAAAUAUUGGGGUCAUCAAGUUCAUUUUGAUAUAUUUUGGUAUAUUUCUGCAGUUUGGGCUAUAUUUUGUAUGCUAGCUAGUUGAAUAGGACCAAGAUGAUUAAUUCAGUAACGUUGUAUGUAGUGCAGAAACU